CAUCACUAGUCUGUCGGUCGGGUCGUUGUUGCUUGUUUGUUUCCCGUUGAAACAUUUUUAUUUUUAUUUCAGUUUACAGUGAUUUUUUUCAUUUCUUUAGUGCAGUGAAGUGAUGUUAUAAAUGUGAUAAAAGUGUGUGUUGUGUACGCCAUUCAUAAAUUGGUAGAAUUAAUUUGAUAAAUAAGGUCAAACAUUAGUGCGUAGUGAGUCACACAGGCUUCCUAUAGUUUGUGUAGUGAUAAAGCUAAACAAUGUUAUCAUAAAAAUAAUUGUUUAUGUGACUGUGUUUAAACUAAUUUCUAAUGGCUACGCCACCAGUUCCAAAGCCAAGGAGCGCGUUCCUUGCGCAGAAUGAUCCGGAUAAACGACCAGUGCCACUCCCGCGCACCAAAGUACCUACCAACAAUGAUAGAGUAUCGGCCACUGACAUUUUGCGCUCAAUAGGCUCAGUGUCUAAGCAAAUCACUGAAGAUGUCGCGCAAAAAGUCUCCAAUUCCGCUAAAAGUGCCAACGAAAAGCUGGAAAAGUCAAUUUUAGACGGCUCGAAAUUCGCCAAAGGUACUCUGGAAAAGACGCUAACAACGUCCAAAGCACUCCGCGACUCAGUCACAAAGUCAGUCAUUGAAAGCACAAGAUCUGCAGGUGUCAUACUAAGGAAGCAGAAAAAAACUGACAACAUAGAUGAAGAUCCACAAAGAUGUGUGUCAAUGCCUGUUGUUGAUGUUAGUCUUUUUGAUAACAUACAAUUCCACUCGCCCCUACUAGAACAAAAGAGAUUCCACAAUGAUGUCACACAAAAUAAUGAUGUACCGUCUUUACAUUUGAAUGCAUCACACAUGGAUGACUUGUCCCUGUUCUCAAACAACUCUGACAACACAGACACUGUAAGUGACUUCUCAUAUGAUAGCAGAGAGUCUGAAGCAAACUCAAGUUUGAAUUUAAGUGAGCAAACAACUUAUGAUACUCCUCGGCCAUCCAGGGCAAACAGUAUAAUAAGUACAAUGUCGACACCAGAAGUGCCAGAACGAAGAAAGAAGAGAGAAAGCACUAUGGACAUCAUGAGACAAAAUUCCCUCUAUGAAAACUGGACUUUGCCAAAUCCUACUAAGGCUAGUCCUACAUCUGCACCUACCACACCAAUUGAUAUUGCUAGACCCAGCAAGAGUACAAUAUAUGAGUUUGAUCCUUUAAACACCAGUAGUACUGCACACAGAUAUGCAGGAGUGAGUAAUGAGCUUAUAUUACUUGAAUCCUUCUUAAUUGGUGACACUUACGGCUCAAUUAUAACCACUGACCACAGUGACGAUGCAUAUGAUUACCGAGACAGUGAAUACUUCAAUCCCCCAACACCUCCUGAGCGAUCUGACAGCUUGCUGACUACUGAAACAAAACCUACGGCAUCUACUCCUCGGGACAACAAUUCCAACUGGUUUGACAAUGAAUCUGACACUACAUCAACAAUAGAUGAAGUUAAGACAUCAAAUUCAAUGAUGCAGAAGUUUUCUCAUAUGCUGAAGCUGGAUAAUGUUUUGCACAAGUCUACAAAGCAAGUAGCUCAGAAAGUAGAAGUUGUUCAGCGACCACCGCUGAACACAAUGCCUGCUCCAUACUUCUAUGGCAUGCUGACAAGGAUAGUCUCAGCUAUGGGAGAGGAUUUGUUCAAAAACUCCCAAACCCGGUACUGUGUGCUGUCUGAUCAGAAGUUGAUCUGCUACUCUGAUGCUACUAAUGCCAUUUUGAAAGAAGCCUACACAUUGGACAGUGUGUAUUCUUUGCAAGUAGUGCUGCCACUCUCAUCUAGUUCCACCAGCAACUCGUACUGCUUCGAGUUGAUGGUGUCGACAGCGCGUAGCUCGCCGCGCAAGGUGCUCUUCAGUUGCGCAAGCGCCUCCGACCGCAGGAACUGGGCGCAGAAGAUCGUGGAACACUUGGUGGCCGGCUUUCCCACCAAAUACACAGCGGAGUACACACGAUGCGGAUGGUGCUAUCUCAAGGAGGGGGUAACGGGGGAGUGGAAGGGUGCGUGGGUGAUGCUGAUCCGUCGAGUGCUCGUCUACUACGACGGCAAGGAUGCAGCCGUGAGCACCGUUGACUUGAGGAAGACGCGAUGCGUGGUGACACAAGAAGCUGACGAGGAGACGAAGCUAGUGUGCCCUACCGACGGCAGUGGCAACCUUCUUCUCGACUGCCCUCAUGCCACGCUUUAUCUAAGGUUUCCCCAUGAGAGGGAAUUGAAGGGAUGGCGCUACAUGAUCCGCCUGGCGGCGUUCAACAACGGCGCGCAAAUUCACCACCAGCAGCUUACCAAGGAAGACGUGCCAACCAUAGUCGACAAAUGCAUCAGCUUCAUUUACGCCCAUGGGAGCCUAUCGGAGGGCAUAUACCGCCGUGCUGGCAGCAGUACGGUCCUUUCGGAACUGCUGGCGAGGUUCCGCCGCGACGCAUGGUCGGUGCAGCUCAGCCCGAGCCAGCAUUCCGAGCACGACGUGGCGGGGGUCCUGAAGAGGUUCUUCAGGGACCUCCCAGAGGCCCUGGUGCCUCAGGAGAAGCAUCUCGCCUUGACCACUGCUUUGGAGAUAAAAGAGGACACAGCACGCCACGCGGAGUACCGCAAUGUGAUGACGUCACUGCCUUUAGUCGCGCGCAACACCGCCAGGAAACUGUUCGCGCACCUGCACUUCUUGACGACGAUGGCGCAUGCCAACAAAAUGAGCGCGGAGAAUCUGGCGUCUGUAUGGGCGCCCACCAUCAUGCCCGCUGCAGUCACAAGCGACAAACUCCAAACUGCGUGGUCCACCAGAGAGGUGUUCGUGGUUCGAGAUCUGAUAGCGAAUUUCGAAGCGGUGUGGGAGCCCACUGAUGCGGAAAAGAGACGGGAAGCAGCAGUCCGUCGCGUUCUAAUGACGGUGUUGGGGGCAGCGGCGCCCGCGCCGAAGAAGGCUGCGGGAGACCUCCGAGCGUGGAUCUACGUCAAGGACAGAAGCACGUGUCACCAAGUUACGUUGACGCCAAACAAAACGUGUGCAGAUGUAUGCAUAGAGCUUUGUGAGAAAGCCAACAUGGAGUCACAUCAGCUCAUGAUCGAGGAAGUGAUUUGCAACGAGUCUAUGAGGCGCAUAGUCCACAUCGAUGAAGUGGUCCUUGAUGUGGUGUUAAGGUGGGGCUACUGGGACGAAGAAGACAGAAAAGACAACUACCUUCUAGUGAAAGACAAUAAAAUACUAAACGAGAUCGAAGCUCUGAGGCACUCCAAUUCCCUCGUCUGCGGAGAACUGAAGCUAGCAACGGAAUCUAUGAGAUCCUUCAAAUUGCACAUGUUUGAAGUAAAAAAUAGCAAACUUUGCUAUUUCAAGGACAAACAGGGUUCGCACAAGAUCGAAGAAUGGAAUGUGAAAGACAUCCUAUGGUACACCGGGCACGAACCUAAACGGAACCCGCAGUCUCGGUGGGCCAUCACUUUCAUUCCGCGUAAUAACAAACAGAAGAGAGGAAAAGACCGCCCAUGGUUCGGGUGCACUAUCGCUGGUGCGGUAACAGAAGAUCAGCUCAAGUGGAUGGCUGCCCUAAUGUUCGGCGAGCACACGGAGAUUCUGCCUACCCCCAGGCUCGUCAUCACGUAAUAACAAAAUGGCGGACGUCUAGGUAAUGUCAUUUACAAGUAACACGUCGAGUAUUGCCACAGUGUUUGUGAAGUUCUGACAGUGAAUUAGGUCAUUAUUAUUAUUAUAAUGAUAGGUCUUGUGCCUUAUAGAUCUUUUUUUCUGUAGAAAAAAAUGUGCACAAGUUUUUGUAUUGUACAGGUACGGUACAUCAAGCUAGACACUGGCAUCUUAUUUUAUUGUAGUUCUAUUUUACAAAAAAUGUUGUGUUAUCGUAUGCAGUCGACUUUAAAUAAUUUUCGUCAGAACCAGUAUUGUAACCUCAGAUCUGCCAAUUUCCGGAGCUUCUGGUGUCCCAGUGUUGCUAAAACCUAGCUACUUUAAAGGAGAGCAAUGUAACUAUUUAUCAAUAACUAUUAACAUUAAAACAACCUAUUCCUAUUUUCUCGAACGAGCCUAUUUUGUAAGAAGUGAUAAUUCAAAAAUUAAAUCUGAAAGAUCUCAUCCAUACAAAAAAUCUUUAAUUGACUUUUACCAUAAAGAUCGUCUGUGGAAAUUAAUUCACGUAAACUGUCAGAACUUAACACACGCACUACUGCCACAUUAUCAGCGUGAUACAAACAACACGUGGUUUUUGAAGUUUCCUAAAUCCAGUGUACUAUAGUUCCAAAAUACUGAACUGUCCUAUGCAUGACAUUGACAGUGGGGCGCCACCGUCAAUACCGGAUCGCUGGUUCCGAUUUUUGCCAUGUUGGAAACCAUAUAGUUGAACGAUGGUAGCGCCCCCCUGUCAUUGAGUUUGGCGGGACAGUUCAGCGUGGGUCAUCUAUAUUUCAAACUAGCUGACCCGGCGAACUUUGUUCUGCCUUAAAGCCAAUAAAUAAGCAAAUCUUUCCUUAUUUGCUCACCGUUCAAACCUACCCUGGACUACGACAAACAUUUUAACACCAAAAUCAGCUCAAUCGGCCCAGCCGUUCUCGAGUUUUAAUCAGACUAACGAACAUCAAUUCAUUUUUAUUUAUAUAGAUUACGACAGAUACACUAACGCCAAUGUGGCAGAGUCUACGGUGAUACCAAAUGUAGUUUACACAAAACAAAAUACUUGCCCCAUAUUCUUGAAUUUAUGGAUUUAUAAUCGCUUGAAUAAAAUGCCGCCUUAAAGAAUGUAGUUUUAUGUAAAGCGCAUAAAGGUAGUUAUUUAUUAAUCAAGUAUUUUAUAGCCUUUUAUAAUUUAUCGAGGCGUCUUGCCAACUCAAAGUUUCAAAAACUCAAGCCUAAUUUUACUACCUUUUUAUAUUCAACGUAAUGUUAAAUCUGUGGACGUACAAUAAACAAUGAUGUAGGUAAUUGUCUGAUCUUUGUAGUUAGUUUACUACAAUUAUAAUAUCUAUUGACGACAUAAUGUCCUCCUUUGUUUAUAUUAAACUAAUAAUAAUAAAAUGCCUGACAUGCCUACAUACAGAUUUGAUCAGAUCAGGUAUACAAAUGGCCGAAAGUAGUACAAAUAAAGUCAAUUUUGUGAUAAUUAUUUUCAUCCGUCACUAUAAUAAAUUAAAAGAAGAUUAGAUCCGUGCUUUUUUAGUCGGAGAUUUAUAUUUGCAUUAAUUUUUUUUCUCAAAUUAUCCUUUAUAAAAUUUCUCGAAUAAUAUUACAAAAGUACAUAUUUUGAAAAGAUAAGAAACAUCAAUAUAUAACCAAGGUUUUGAAUGUUAUGUGUACGCCAAAAUAUUUCACAGGUGAAAUACAUAUUUUAUUAUAUAAAUAACCAAAACAUAUUCAGGGAAAAUAAAACAAAAAGAAUAAUAAAGUCACAAGGUAUGUUAGUUUAAAAUUGUUGAAUGCUUUAUCAAUAAUUAUGAAUUAUUCUACACGUAUGAAUUAUUAAGAAUAUAAUGUACCUAAUAAUUGUAUAAUAGAUUAUAAAUAAUGUAAUAAAAGAUAAUAAAAACACAUAGAGACGUGGUGAUGAAUAUUAUGUAUAUGAAGAUAUAUGUAUGAUAUAAGUCUGAUUCGGUGCUAGUAAAAUUAAUCAUUUUAAACAAUUGGCACAAUAAAAAAUUUGUUCCUUUUCGUCAAGACCUCUUGACAUGUAAGACUAAAAUAAUAAUAAUAAUUUAGAAACGUUGUAAGAAAUGUUGAUUAGAAAAUAUAAUUAUAGAUUUCAAACAAGCUAAAGUGAUUAGAAUAAAAGAAAUAAGAAAGAAUUCUUAAUUUUCUAUUAUUUCUAUUAAACUUUUUACUGUAGAACUCGACCCAAAACUUUUUUAUCUAUUUCAAUUUUUUUGCCGCAAUGAUUUAUACACAAGUAUGUUUUAUUUCAAAACUUCGUUCUUUCGUACAUUAUUUUAUAUGAAUUCGGGCAGCUUGUUUGAAAUUAGACCAAUUUACGAUUCUAGUUACCAGUUUAUUAAUUAUAAAUAGUUUUUGAUAAAAUCGUGUACAACUAAUCAAUUUAUAUAACAAUAGAUAUAAUUACUGUUUUUAAACUUUUCCCGAUAACUUGUGCUUGUUGCUUAAAACUAUACGUAUUUUUGUAACAGAAAGCCUGUUGAGUAAGUAAGUAUGGUGUAACUUUUUAAAUUAAAUGAAAUCGUAAAAAAAUUUGCAUAGGAAUUACAAGUAUAAACUAAUUUUGAGGAUAGCGCCGUUUAUGAAAUGCAAAUUAUUCAUUAAUGUAAUCAUAAAAUAACCAAGUAACUUGAAAUAAUAUUUUAACAAAACAUUCCAGCAACGUAUGAUAAAACUAACCUACUUUAGUAAUCAUAAUAUCUACUAUAGUUGUUGCAAUUCACGAAGGCGAGUGAGCUUUACAUGUGUGGGGGGUCGCUACUGUUGGUUUUUCAAAGGUUUUGAUAGACAUUAUAGUAGGGAAUUUAGUGCAAUGAUUUGUAUGGAGACCCCUCCACUUUGGUAUAGAAGGCUCAUUUUUG